AUGGCCGAAACUGGAAAAGUGAAGUGGUUCAACGAGACUAAAGGAUUCGGAUUUAUCGAGAGAGAGAAUGGUGAUGAUGUAUUUGUGCAUCACUCAGCAAUAGCAGGUUCUGGAUACACGACACUCAGCGAAGGCGAUUCAGUGUGCUUCGACGUAGCACCAAGCCCUAAAGGACCACAGGCUAAAAAUAUAUUUAGAUCUACCAGUGCCCAAAAGAUUCCCUUUGGUUAUAUUUUGUGUAUAAGCAGAACUGAGAUUUUCACUGCUGCACUGUGUUCCGGUGUAUGUUUCUUGUCAUCGGCUAAUGCACAAGUUCCUGAAGUUGGAUCAAAAAAAUAG